UGCACCCUACAUAGUUUUACUAACCUUUUAGUGCUUAUUGAUUCAGGACGCGGCUUUGGUUAUGUAACUCAGAGGAACCCAGCAUGAUUUUGAAAAUGUCUUAACAUGCCCUUUGAAUUGGAUUUGGCACAAUUGGUUGCAUACGUUUUAUUUGAUCCUAGUUGCUGCUCGUUGUUGCGUAAAAACUGUAUAAUUUAUAAUUUAUGCAGGUUUCGUUUAGACAAUUCGUGCUGUUGUGGUGUUUUUAUUUGACGGCCAAUUGCUUCUUUAUGGAUGACAAAUAUAAAGGUUUGGUGAAAGUGUGUGUGUGUGUGUGUGUGUGUGUGUGUGGCGCACAACAUGGCAGCAGAAGUGAAGUGUGUCAGCCGCUGCUCCAUUGACCCACUUCUGUCUGUAAGGAUUAACCUCACUCGGGGAAAAAGUGGGCAAAUCGAUACAAAGCAGAACACUGUCAUCCAUUGCUCUGUCUAUUCUGAGCACAAAAGCUGCUGUGGUGAAAGUGACAAAGCCUCAUUGUGGAUGGAUAUUUGAGGAGGGAAAGAAAAAGGACGCAAUAAAAGUUUGGUGCAAGUCGGUGGGGAGAAACAGCGGCCUCUCUGGCGAAAGUGGGUCAUUUACAAUUCUGUCAAUAUGUGACACGAGAGCGAGGGUCACUGAGUCCACCCCAGUGAGCUCAAAUUGCAGUGAUCCCCUGUAAGAUCUGUGGGGACAAAUCAUCAGGAAUCCAUUAUGGAGUGAUCACAUGUGAAGGAUGUAAGGGUUUUUUCCGACGCAGUCAGCAAAACAAUGCCAUGUACUCAUGCUCUCGGCAGAGAAACUGUGUGAUCGAUCGGACGAACAGGAACCGGUGUCAGCACUGCCGGCUGCAGAAAUGUCUGGCACUCGGCAUGAGCCGUGACGCUGUGAAGUUCGGCCGUAUGUCUAAGAAGCAGCGGGACAGCCUGUACGCUGAGGUGCAGAAACACCAGCAGGGUCAGGAAUGCAUCAGCAACAUCGUGUCCUCAGGCGAAGUGGGCGAGGAACCCGGGGAGAAGAGCCACGACGGAAACAUAGGAACCUGCAGCCGCAGCUCCAGCGCAGCCCUCAGCAGUGACCUCGACGACCUUGGAGGCCUGCUGUUAGACCUGCCCCUGACUCCAGAGGACGAGUAUUGCGGCCUGGAGCUGCAGGGCAACAACAGGGCGAACGGAGAGGGGAGCAGCGGAGAAGGCAGUAACUCAUCCUCAAAUGGCUCCACAGAGUUUAAACAAGAACACCUUGGACUUUCACCACUCAAAGAGGGAUUCUUACUACUCGAGAUGGAGCGCAUCGCCCAGAGUGUGGUGAAAUCACACAUAGAGACGAGUCAGUACAGUACAGAGGACCUGAAACGGCUUGUGUGGAACCUGUACUCAGCCGAGGAGACUCGCACGUACCAGAACAAGCCGACUGAGGUGAUGUGGCAGCAGUGUGUGGCGCACCUCACUAACGCCAUCCAGUAUGUGGUGGAGUUCGCCAAGCGCAUCUCUGGCUUCAUGGAGCUGUGUCAGAACGACCAGAUCAUCCUGCUUAAAGCAGGAUGUCUGAGCGUGCUGCUGAUUCAGAUGUGUCGAGCCUACAACCCUGCGAACCACACGGUGCUCUUCAAUGGGAAGUUUGCAAGUGUUCAGCUCUUCAAAGCUCUUGGUUGUGAUGACCUGGUGAACGCUGUGUUUGAACUCGCUAAACUGAUGAGCCGCCUGCAGCUAACGGAAGAAGAAAUGGCUUUGUUUAGUGCCGCUGUUCUAUUCUCUCCAGAUCGGCCCUGGCUUACAGACAGACAGCAGGUUCAGAGGCUGCAGGAGAAGGUUUAUCAGGCGCUACAGUGCUGCUUAAACAGAGAUGGCGCCAACGAGCACAAACUCGACAAGAUGCUGGCUAAACUACCCGUGAUAAAGUCCAUCUGUAACCUCCACAUCGAUAAGCUGGAGUUCUUCCACCUGCUUCACCCAGAAACAGCCUGCAGCUUCCCUCCGCUGUAUCGGGAGGUGUUUGUGAGCGAGAACUUCUUCCCCGAUUCCACCAAGGGCUAAACAAAAGGACACCAGAUUGUCACUGGUGAAUGUACGAAACAGAGAGAGGACAGAGACAGAUAGAUAAGGAGAUGUAGGAAAGAAGGACUGGUAGAUUAACAGACCAGCCGCUCACUGACAAUCCUGCACACUACACUUUUGGACUCUGAAACCCACAAUCCUUUUCUCUGAGCUCUUUUUUAACAGGCGAUUGACGGUGCUGCCCCGGUUAAAUAACCGAAGGAGCUUUUAAAGCAGUGAAGCAGAGGCCGAUCUUUUUUAAACUGACAAGGAAAAAAAAUCUAACUGACCAAGUUCACAAUUCGAUGCUGGAAAAAUGGUGGCUAACUUGCAUUCACCAGCGGACAUAUACUUAGAAAUGAUAUUGACCUACACUGUGCAUAACAUGUAGCUAUAAUUCCGUCAAGAAGAAACAAUGCCGUCUAAAUGUUCCGCCUAUUUGAACAGCUUAGUUUGUUAACAAUCCCAGUUUACAAAACCAACCUGGUUGAGAUGAGUCGAUAUCUAGAACAUGAUUGACAGAAACCAACUAUGUUUCUUGACCAUGUUAAUGUUGCCAUGGGGAUUGCAUACAUCAUCAGGCUGGUAACUGCAAGAAAACUGUAAUGGAGUUGCACUGUUAAUAGGGUUGCCGAAUCAUACAAUUUAUUCAUAGUAAGCUGUAUUUUUUCCAUUACGUUUACCUGACUUUAGAUAGCUAACUAAAUCAGUUAUUGAACUUUCUUUGAUGUGUUUUAUUUUACAAACUGGUCAACACCCAUGCAUUUAAAAAUAUAUAUAUUUUAAUUUUAAUAAUGAUUUAUAAUUUUAAAUAUUUUUUUUUACCCACUACAGGAAGUCAAGGGCAUGGCCAUGACUGUAUCAGAACAAUUUGCACAGUACAGAACAGGUGCAUAUGGUAGAAUCACAGAUUAAAUCUCUAAGAGACUCAGUGGGAUAUGACACUUUUUUUUUCCCUACUAAUUUUUUAAUGCAGUGGAAAUGCAGCACUGCCUCAAGGACCAGUAAAGUAUUCUUUUAGCUUUGUAUCUUCAGCAGUGUUUAGCUAAAAACAAACCCAGCGCUCCAGCAAGCCUGUGUACACAUUGGAUGAGGUCUUCAUUCUGACCCUUUAUUGCAUCUUUUUUGCUGUUCACUUAUUGUUAUUUCCUGGAAAUGCCACAAUAGAAUAAAAGGUGUAACAUUUAGAUUUUUCUGAAACACAGUUUAUAUAUUGCAUUUCAAAUUAGAAAAUAUAUAUACAGACAAUAGAAAAUGAAUUAUUAAAGAAGAGCAGUGAUGUGUAAAGUAGUACCUAUUUUCCAGACUAUAAGCAUACCAGCAAACCAACACAGCUUUAUCAUUAUCGUGUUAAAUUUUUUAUAUUUAUUUUUUUUUAGUGGUUUUAAAGUGUUUGUGGUGCUCUGGCGAACUAACUAUAGUUGAACUGCAUUUUUUUUUUUUUUUUGGCAUAAAAUAUAAACUUUUGUUGCCUUUUCACCUCUUGCAUCAAUGCUGCACUGACAGGAAGUGACUUUAUUGUUUAAGUAAUAGAGAUCAGUCAAAUCAUAUUGUAGAUGCUAUUAGUCAAGCCAAGCAAGAAUUAUAUAUAUUUUUUGUUGUAGCUAGCUCAUGUUAGACAUUUAGAAAUGCCUCAAUAGCAUGACUAGCUAGUCACAAGCAAUAUUAAGGUUACACAAAAUGUUAGUUGAAACUAUUUUUAUAAAGUGGAUUCAUUUUUAUUCAAACUCCAAAAUUACCACAGAACUGAUUUCUGCAGCCACUAUUAGCCUGCUUAUCUGGAAAAUACAGUAGUAUGAAUAGGGUGUUACAAUAAUAAUAAUCAUCAUCAUUCUGACAGACUGGCUGAGAUGCUGCUAGGUGAAUAGCACUUACAAAUCUUAAACCUCCACAACUGAGAAACGUUAACGCACAACACUUUUUCACAAAACUCCAAAUCGUUCCCUGUUUCUUAAUGAUUUUUUUUCUUCCUUUGUGUAGUUACGGCCCUUUGGUGUUUACUGCACUUCGACUCCGAGUGUGUAUUCGAGCAAACUGACGUGUUUUCUUUUCCACACCAUAUUUUUUAAGACAACGAAGUCACACUAGUUCAGACACAACGAGAAAAUAAAAACAGGCUGAACAGAGAUGUGCUUUAAACCUCAACUACAGAAUGAGCUGUCCAAUUCCAUAUAAUUACAGUUAUGCUCUAUUUUUAAAUAACAGCAGAUGGCGCUGCAGUAAAGCUAAAGAGCCAAUUCGGUCUGUUUACUUCUCAGUCUAAAAAUUACAGAAUUUGAGCCUUUGUUGCUAUUUAAAGGCUUAUAUUGGAAAACAAAAAGGAAAUGAGUGCUAAAGGCUUACAUUUUUAGUAAUAUGUCUAUGCAUUAAUAUAUCUACUUCAAAAUGUUUUGGUUUUUAAAGACGUAAGGCAGUGUUUAAGACAGCAUUUAGUACAGGUAUUUUAUAUAAUUCCUGACCAUGUUUUAUAAAAUAAAAACAUUUGAUUUAGUUUUUAGAUCUGUACUAAAAAUAAAUGCACAAAUUAUUUUUCUAAACUAGGCCCAUUGUAUGCUUUUUGCCUACAAUUACAAUACUUGGAAUCUCUUGGGGAUGAACUCUUACCUAAAUCCUAUACAUCUAAAAAAAAUUUUUUCCCGAAAGUAACCUGUAAAAUAAUUACUGACGAACAAUUAGAUUUUUUUUUAAAUAACAUUAUUAUAAACUAUCGUGUUGCGCUGUACAAAUUAUAAUACAUUAGCUAAGAUUUAGGGAGACAAUAGCCGCCUCCUUGUGGUCAAUAAGUGAACUGCAUUUACCAGCGUUUACUCAUAUAAGUACAUUAUCAUGUUUGCAACAGCAGUAUUAAAAUUUAAAAGAACAUCUGGUACAGAAUAUUUUUUUUUAGUAGUGACCUGUGAAAAGAUCCACAUUUGUUUUCAUCAGUACAGCUCUUGACUCUUGCUUCCAAUGUCAUGUUGUUUUUUCUGUUCCACUGGAAUUGUGAACCUUUUGAACUUAGUUACUGGUUUCCUUAUGGUUAUAAAACAGUUCACUGGGUGUUUACAACAGUGUCAUAACGGGACUGUGCAAUAGAUAGGAUGUAGAUUCACUGGAGCAGCGGAAGAUUUUUGUCCAAAAGUUAAACCUGCAUGAUUUAAGGGGUAUUUACCAGAUGUAUUGCAAGGUAAAGAAUAGAAUGGCAAAGUGAAAAUUUACGAAAUGAAGCAUUUAUCAAUUUUUAGAUUGUGUGUGUGUGUGUGUGUGUGUGUGUACGUGUGUGUGUGUGUGUGUGUGUGUGUGUGUGUGUGUGUGUACAAACUGAUGCAUAGCUCUUAUCUUGCUAGUUCCUCGAUGCGCACACAAACAAAUUUACAAACACGCCCUUGAACCUGCAUGUUAGGAAUUGCGCUCCAUACAGUUUUCUCCAACAGAAGUGUCGCUUCGCUAUAUAUUUAUAUAAAUAUAUAAAUAUAAAUUAAAUGUGUGUGUGUGUGUGUGUGUGUGUGUGUGUGUGUGUGUGUGUGUGUGUGAGAACAGAAGUUUUAAUUUUGGUUUUUCUUUUUCUUUUUUUUUUUUUUUUGCAUCCCCCCAACAAUGUUUCUCUUUUUUCGCCAGUGUAGAUUCGUCGUCGUCUUUGUGAAUUGUAGUAAUAUUUUUUCAAAAAUGUUUUUAAAAACAGAAAUUCUGAUCUUUCUGUUUACUUUUUUUGGUUUUAUUGUUUAAAAACUAUAAUUUAUAGAUACAAGUAUUGUACAAAAAUGAGAACCAUUAUGUACAGUUGUAUUUUGGGGAUAAAAUAAGUGGAUUAAAGAUGUAAUAAAUGGUCUUUUUACACAUCA